AUGCUCCAGUGGUCUCGACUACUGCGCGGGCGACCGCCGCCAGUGAUGGGAAACGCCAAGAAGAUGCGUUUUGCCGGCGUCGACGACAAUCCAUCCAUCACGCAUAAGCCAUGGGACACCAGCGAGCCGCUGAUGGCCGACUACGGCUGGGGGCGCGGUAAGCUGCCGAAGUUUCGUGCUCGUAGUCCGUUCCACCGCCAACAGAUCGCGCGUCGCAUGGUGACAGAGCUGAUUCGCAAAGACUACGUCAUCGUAGGCGGCGCGCGUGCCCCGGCGCUGCGCAUCCUGGCUGACCAUGUUGUCGAGCUCGCCAAGGCUGGUGACACGGACUCGCGUCAGCAGCUGGCGUACUUCCUUCACGACCCCCUCCUGGUCGACAAGGCGUUUGACGAGUAUCCGCGUCGGUUCGGCGACAUGAGCGCCAAAUAUGCGAUGAUGACGCGACUGAAGGGGCGCCGGCGGAGCGACAACGUUGCGAUGUACUUUGUGGAGUACAAAAAUAGGGACAUGAGCGACCACCACAAGGGCGAGGACUACACGUCCGGGCCGGAGCGCUUUUUCCUCCCGCCCCGCAUCGUCGAGACCGAGAAGGGCAUUCAGCGCCCGCCGCACAUGCAGAUGGCGUUUGACCGUUGGGCAAGCAAGUUUAAGACGGAGGAGUUUCACCACUGGUGGCGGCUGCGACACGCCAAGCUGCGCUACUGGGGCGUCCGGAACGUCCCGCACCCGAGCGAUGUGGAUCCUCUGUGGACCGAGAAGGAGGAGGAGGAGUGGCACAACGAGAUGCUUGCCAACACCGGCGACUUUGAGGACUUUGACCUCGAUGACGACUCCUACGAGGCCGCCGGUGAGGGAGGCGGACAGGGUGGCUCCUCGUCUCCGUCAGGGGUCGGGCCCGAUCCGCAGAAGAAGUAUUGA